GAUUCCAGUCGCCAAUAAAGAAAAGAUAGCAUGGGCUGUGGCCCCUUCAUCCUCACCUGAAGGAAUGGAAACCUGUGGCAAAUUACCCCUGGUCUAAUUCUAGAGAAAAUCUUGUUUUGGUCAAGAUAUGAAGGCACAAAAUGAAACUGAGUUGACUGAGUUCAUCAUACUGGGAUUUCAGAGUCUCAAGAAAGUGCGUCAUUUGCUCUUCAUAGGAUUCUUCAUCACUUAUCUAUUCACCAUGCUGUGGAAUGCUUUCAUCAUCACCAUGACAAUUGUGGAUCAAAAUCUGAGAACCCCCAUGUAUUUCUUCCUUGAUAAUCUCUCCUUUCUUGACAUCUGCUACACCUCUACCACUAUCCCCCAGAUGUUGGCUCACCUUCUCUCUGACAGGAACACUAUCCCCUACAUCAGUUGUCUACUUCAAGUGUAUUUUUUCUUUUCCUUCGUGGGUAUUGAAUGCCUCCUUCUGGCAGUCAUGGCGUUUGAUCGCUAUAUUGCCAUAUGCAACCCUUUGCGCUACACAUUGAUUAUCAGCAAAGAUAUCUGUCUGCAGCUAGCAAUAGCCUGCUGGGUUGGUGGUUUCCUCAACUCUGUGGUGCAUACCACGUUUGCUUUCCAGCUGCCCUUUUGUGGGGACAACCAAAUUGAUGCUUUCUACUGUGACAUUCCACCACUGCUGAAGUUAUCCUGUGGAGACACUUCCUUCAACCAAAUUCUUUUGUUGUCCAUAGGCAUAUUCAUAGCUUGGACCCCAUUAGUUUGUAUCUUAUUAUCAUACAUUUACAUCUUCUUAACUGUCUUGAAGAUGCAGUCAGGAGAAGGAAGACAAAAGGCAUUCUCCACCUGUUCCUCACAUAUCAUAGUAGUUCUUUUGUAUUAUGGUAGUGGCAUUUUCACCUACUCAACUUCAAAUAGUAGUUAUACCUCGGAUCAUUCCAAGCUAAUUCCAGUCAUAUACAGUGUCUUGACCCCUCUGUUAAAUCCUAUUAUCUAUACCUUGCGCAACAAAGAUGUUAAGAAUGCCUGGAAAAACAUAAUUAGAAAAUAUAAGCCGCCCUUAGCUUCCAAAUCUUGCUAUUAUUAUAUAUGUUAUUUUUAA